AUGUGCAAAGGCUUUGGCUCCACUCUGAUAGGACCUGCCCUACAAUGGUACAUCAACCUACCCACCAGGUCCAUAUCCUCUUUUGCGAGCCUCAGCGACAACUUUGUGGAGCAAUUCGCAAGUAGUAGGAGCCUGGAGAAGAUUUCAGACGGUCUCUACGAGAUUCUUCAGCAUCGGGUAAAACCCCUGCGAGAUUACAUAGCCCGCUUCAACCAAGAAAAGGUGGCAGUUCUCGAGUGCAGCAUUCCUACCGCGAUCUCUGCCAUCAAAAGGGCCCUGCUUCCAGACGGGGGCCUCUACAAAGAACUAACCAUGUAUCCCUGCAAGACCAUGGAAGACAUGUUAUCCCGGGCCUGGGCGCAAGUGAAGUGGGAAGAAAACGUCGCUAGCCGCGCUAAGGCCCAGCCGAAGCAGGACCAAAAGUCGGCCCGAUCGGAUCAAGGAAAUCGGGAUGAAAGAUCCUCCCAAAGAGCGACCAAGGACUCCAGGAACAGAAACCAGGGCAGGUUCCAGUACCGACCCCUGGAAAAGGAAGAAGGAAUGUCGGUAUCCACUUGGCCAGACAUCUCCCAUCUCUCGAUAUCCACACCGGAGCUAGUCAACGUCUUGAGCCAGAUGGGCCAACAGGUCAAGUGGCCUCAAAAGAUGAAGGCACCUGACUCGUUCCGGAACCCUGGCCUCUGGUGCGACUUCCAUCGCGACCACGGUCAUAAAACUGAAGACUGCGUCGCUCUAAGGAUCGAGGAUGAGAUCCUGGCUCCCCACCACGAUGCCCUGGUCAUCUCGCUCACCGUAGCAAACUGCUUGGUAAAAAGAAUACUAGUGGACAAUGGUAGCUCUAGCAACAUCAUCUUCCAGACUGCUUACCAGGACCUAAGGCUGGAGGAGAGAGUCCUGACGCGCAAAAUAACUCCACUCAUCGGAUUCAGCGGCGAAGUCAAGCAAACAGCCGGAGAGGUCACUCUCCUAGUGUACGCUAAAGGGAUCAACAUGUCUACCAAGUUCUUGGUCGUCGGCAGUCAAUCAGGAUACAACAUGAUCCUAGGAAGACCCUGGAUUCGCGACAUGGGAGCAGUCCCUUCAACCCUUCAUCAAAUGGUGAAAUUCCCUGCACCAUGGGGCAUCAGAAUAAUCAAAGGAGAUCAGGAGAAUUCUCGAUCCUGCUACCAGACCGCCUUAAAGGGGAAGACCAAGGUCCUCCAAAGCGGUACCCCGCAUGGAUCUCGCCAGCUACCAACCGAUGGUCUCGCAAAUGAAGAAGUGGGGCAUAAGCAACGUGAGAAGACCUCCUCUGAAAUCAUACCGGAUGGAUCUGGGGCAGAGGGAAACACUGGCCACGAAUCCCCAAUAGCAAGAGAAUCUACAGAAGCUGGGGCACGAGACAAGUCUUGGUCACGGUCCCCGGACCCAAGGGAGAAGCAGUACCCACCAACGGAGAGAGGGACGACGCGCCAAGCAAACCGGCAUGAAGUCCACCUCCCAGGAGGAAAGCGACAUAUGGGUCCACAGAACCAAGAGGACUGGUCCCGACCACGGAGUGCUGCCAGGGACCGCAGCAAGAAAGAGGAAUCCUCCAGCAGGGGCACUCAACCAAAUAGCGAAACAGAGCCUACGGGCUACAUAACAAAGGUAAAACAUGGCCUAACCACCGGGGUACCUCGCAAGCUGAUGUCUUGUGCGGUCUCCGGACCAUGA